AUGAAGGCGUCCCUGGCCCCCGGCAUUCGGCUUAUCACGUCUUUCUCUCGGGACAGCUGGUAUCGAGGCUUCAUUCUUCUUCUUACCUUCCUUUUCUACACCGCCUACCACCUGUCACGGAAGCCCAUCAGCAUUGUGAAGAGUGAACUCCACAGAAACUGCAGUGGCCUCAUCCACCCGGCCGACUUGAACAUCACCAACAAUGUCACAUGGUGCAACUGGGCUCCCUUUGACCAGGACAACUAUAAGACACUCUUCGGCGUCUUAGACAACUCCUUCCUGGUGGCCUAUGCCAUCGGCAUGUUUUUCAGCGGGAUUUUCGGAGAGCGCCUACCGCUCCGUUACUACCUGAGCGUUGGCAUGCUGAUGAGCGGUCUGUUCACUUGUCUGUUCGGCUUGGGGUUCUAUUGGAAAAUCCACUCCUUGGGCUACUAUGCCGUCAUUCAGGUGUUCAACGGGUUGAUGCAGACCACCGGGUGGCCCGCCGUGGUAGCCUGCGUCGGCAACUGGUUCGGAAAGGGGAAGCGCGGCUUCAUCAUGGGUGUGUGGAAUUCGCACACGUCAGUCGGCAACAUCCUGGGCUCGCUCAUCGCCGGCGUUUUCGUGUCGUCGGCAUGGGGACUGUCCUUCAUUGUGCCGGGCCUCAUCAUCGCCUCAACAGGAGUUCUGUGCUUCUUCUUCCUGGUCGAAAAACCCGAGGACGUGGACUGCAGUCCUCCGCAGCAUCAUAAUGACUUGGAAAGUGGUGAGACAGAGCCUCUCCUGCAGAGUCCGUCUCACGUGGCCAACGGUUCCAUCACCGCCGCCCCCGUCGAGAUGCCGGAGAUUGCUGCCGGGCGCUCGGAGGCCAUCAGCUUCUGCGGAGCACUCAGUAUACCCGGCGUGGUGGAGUUUUCGCUAUGUCUGCUCUUCGCCAAGCUGGUCAGCUACACCUUCCUCUACUGGCUGCCACUCUACAUAUCCAACGUCGCGCAUUUUGAGGCUAAAGAAGCAGGAGACAUGUCCACGCUUUUUGACGUGGGAGGAAUUGUGGGCGGCAUUAUGGCGGGUCUCGUGUCCGACUACACGGGCGGUAGAGCCACCACGUGUUGUGUCAUGUUGCUGGCUGCUGCACCCAUGCUAUUCCUUUACAACCACAUCGGACAACGGAGCCUCGGCACGACCAUAGGCAUGCUCUUGGUUUGUGGUGGCCUUGUCAACGGACCUUACGCCCUCAUUACUACUGCUGUAUCGGCCGACCUGGGCACACACGAGAGUCUGAGAGGCAACUCCAGAGCGUUGUCCACGGUGACGGCCAUCAUCGACGGGACGGGGUCCGUGGGCGCCGCGUUGGGGCCGCUUUUAGCCGGGCUGAUAUCGCCAUCGGGCUGGAACAACGUCUUCUACAUGCUCAUCUCCGCUGACGUGCUGGCCUGCCUGUUCUUGUCCAGGCUUGUUUUCAAGGAAGCUCAGGGUUGGUGCGGACGUAUUCCCAGAAUCAGAGGCCGUCUAUUCGUGGGCAUGUACGCCUUUAAGGUCCAGCUGUCUGUUUCCCAUGUCGUCUAA